AUCAUCAAGGAAAGCCAAGCCAGCAACGCAAUGGGAGAGUGAGCGUGAAACAGUAACCAUGAAAGGAAGGCUUUCGUUCUCUGGCUGAUUCGGCUACCUUUUCUACACAGCCCAAGCCUGCCUUCUCAGGGACAAGCACUCCCCAUAGUGGACAUAUGCCCAUAAUUAGCAACCAAGAAAAUGCCUCCCAGACACGCCCACGAGUCAAUCUGAUGGAGACAAUUCUUCAUUUGAGAUUUCCUGCCCCCAGGAGUUAGAAAUGGAGUCAAGAUACCUUCAACAGUGCCUGGGGACCUGCCUAACUCAAGGUCUUGCGGAAGUUGCAAGAGUUCGCCCACUGGAUCCCAUUGAAUAUUUAGCCUUGUGGAUUUAUAAGUACAAGGAAAACGAGAGCAUGGAGCAAUUGAGACAGAAAGAACUGAUUGCGUUGGAGCACGAGAGAGAAUUAGCUAUGAUGGAGCAGGAAAUGAUGGAUCGACUCAAAGCAGAGGAACUCUUGUUUCAGCAGCAGCUGGCAUUCCAGUUGGAGUUGGAAAUGCAAGAAAAAGAGAAACAGAAGACAGAAGAUUUCAAGACAGAGCAAGAAAAAUCCACUAAGGACACGAUGAGCACAGAGAGCAUAUCUAAGGGUGAGGAGGCCAUGCCGUCAGAGGAAUCGAUGAUGGACUCGGGCAAAACCCUAGCAGAAAUCAGCGACCGGUAUGGGGCGCCUAACUUGAGCCGAGUGGAAGAACUGGAUGAACCAAUGUUAUCCGAUAUUGCCUUAAACAUUGAUCAAGAUCUGUAGGACCAACCAACUGAAAAGAAAUAUUUUCUACCUGCUUCAAACUUCAAAUCACAAGGACCCUAAGCAUGUAUUUUUCUCCUUCCAAACUUGAACUCUAACCCCCCAUACCCAUUAAUUUUAUAAACAGGCUUCAAGUGUAUCCUUAAAAUAAAGUUUAGAUAUCUCAAUACAAA